GGUGGCGCGACUUGGCGGCUGAACGGGAAGGACGUUGAUCGCGCGACGCGCUGCGUUUGCUUUUUUCCAGAUCCUUCUCGAGAGUUCUCUUCUCUCUGACGCUCGCUUCGCGCGCUUCGCGUCCUCAGGAAGAGUCGUGGUAUCGCAACACAGAGAGUGCAGCGGUCCGUCGGCCUCUCUUCCUUUCCCGGCGCGCGCCCUGUGCACAUUUUUCCUCGGCCUUCUCCUCUCGACCUCUGGGUGGAUUCGUCGCGCUUCUCCUGCUCGCGCCGUCCUACUGCCGAGUCUGUAUCGCGCUCGCGCGAGGGUCGCUGUUCCCUGAGUUCAGGCGUCUCGUCGGCGAACCUCCGCUUUCUCGCAAUCUCGACCGACAGAGAGAGACCUGUGCGCCAGGGCGCUCGAGCACCAACGCGAAACGCCAGUUGACGCUGAAGACUGCCGCAGCGCUCUCUUCCUUGAAUGGUUCUUCGGAGCAGGACUCUCGCUCCCGACGCGCGACCUGGAGAGCGCGCUCUCCGUCCACUAUCUCCUCGCUCCCUCGACACCGACGCAGUCGCGGGUGACGCCACCAGCAGGCGAGGAAAGCAGAACUUUCAGACGUAGACGGAUUGCGAGAUCCCCAAGCCUUGCUUUCACCUUGAGAUCCGACCGCUGCUCCUUCGCAACCAUGCAUGCGUCGGCAUCCCUCACCCAGGCGCUGCGGCCCUACGCGCGUCGUCCUCUCUCCUCUGCUCUCUCUCGAUCCUCGCUUUCUCCAGCUCUCGCAGCUGGCGUAGCUCGUGGACUCAAUGCCGCGCAGCCGCAGGCGACAGGACCUUCUUUUGUGCAGCAGAAACGCUUCUUCACGAAUGUAAAGAAACCUGCCUACCGAGUCAUCGACCAUGAGUAUGAUGCAAUCGUCGUCGGAGCAGGCGGCGCUGGUCUCCGAGCCGCCUUCGGCCUCGCGUCUGCAGGAAUCAAGACGGCCUGCCUUUCGAAGCUCUUCCCGACGCGCUCACACACUGUCGCUGCCCAGGGUGGCAUCAACGCAGCUCUCGGCAACAUGACGGAGGACGACUGGCGCUGGCAUGCGUACGACACGGUCAAGGGGUCGGACUGGCUCGGUGACCAGGACGCCAUCCAACAUAUGUGCCGAGAGGCUCCGAAAGUUGUUCGGGAGCUCGAGUCCUACGGUCUCCCGUUCUCCCGCACUGAAGACGGACGCAUCUACCAGCGUGCAUUCGGAGGACAGUCUCUGAGGUUCGGUAAAGGCGGCCAGGCGUAUCGCUGCGCCGCUGCGGCAGAUCGGACCGGCCAUGCGAUGCUGCACUCGUUGUACGGACAGAGUCUGGCCCACGACUGCAAGUUUUUCGUGGAAUACUUUGCCCUGGAUUUGAUGAUGAGCGGAGAGAACGACGAACGCAAAUGUCACGGAGUUGUCGCGAUGUGCAUGGAGGACGGGAGCAUCCACCGAUUCGCGGCGAAGCACACGGUCCUCGCCACUGGAGGAUACGGCCGCGCCUACCAGUCUUGCACCUCCGCUCACACCUGCACUGGAGACGGCGGCGGGAUGGUCUCUCGCGCUGGAUUGCCUCUUGAAGACUUGGAAUUCGUCCAGUUCCACCCCACCGGAAUUUUCCCCGCCGGCUGUCUCAUCACCGAGGGAUGCCGCGGAGAGGGUGGCAUUCUCCGCAAUGGCCAAGGCGAAGCUUUCAUGGCCCGGUACGCCCCCACGGCGAAGGAUCUAGCAAGCCGCGAUGUCGUGUCACGAUCCAUGACCAUCGAAAUCCGAGAAGGCCGCGGCUGUGGGCCCAAUCGUGACCACAUGCAUUUGGAUUUGACGCACUUGCCGCCGGCGACUCUCCACGAGCGUCUUCCUGGAAUCACCGAAACCGCGAAAAUUUUCGCAGGAGUCAACGCAGAAAAAGAACCGAUUCCAGUGCUGCCAACGGUCCACUACAACAUGGGGGGCAUCCCAACCAACUGGCGCGCGCAGGUGCUCACCACCUCCCGCUCUAAAGCUGGCGGCCCCGACAAGAUCGUUCAAGGCCUCUACGCCGCAGGCGAGGCUGCAUGCGCUUCCGUGCAUGGCGCCAAUCGCCUCGGUGCAAAUUCGCUUUUGGACCUUGUCGUUUUUGGACGCGAAGCUGCGCGCACAAUCGCUGACGAAUGCAAGAAAGACGCCUCGGCGCCGUCGCUGCCUCCGAACGCGGGAGAGGAGACACUUGCCAUGGUCGAUCGGCUGAGGCACUCCAACGGACCGUUGACGACGGCGCAAAUCCGUCAGCGCAUGCAGAAGACCAUGCAGGACCAUGCGGCUGUCUUCCGAACGGGUGCCGUCCUGCGAGAAGGCGUGGAGAUGAUGAAGGACGUUGCCAAGAGCUUCGCUGACGUCGGCGUAAAGGACCGAUCGCUCUCGUGGAACACAGAUUUGAUCGAGACCUUGGAGCUACAAAACCUCCUGACGCAAGCCGUCCAGACGAUCGUCGGUGCAGAGGCGCGCAAGGAAAGCCGCGGCGCGCAUGCGCGCGAAGAUUUCAAGGAGCGUGACGACAAGAACUGGAUGAAACACACGUUGUCUUGGCAAACGCACCGGGAAGUGGAGAAAGCAGAGUUCCCCCUGACGUACCGCCAGGUGAUCUCGCAGCCUCUUGACAACGAAAUGGAGCACAUUCCGCCGGCGAAGCGCGUGUACUGAACGGCUUCUUUGCGCGUUUCAUCGCUGCUCGACUUCUCUCUUUUUUCUGGAUUCGCGCCCCGAGGACGCGCAGCCUCUCCAUCGCCUGCCUCUCGUCUUCUCUUGGGCGGCGCGCAAGGCCACCGCGAUUUCGUCUGUGUCGAGUCUCCCGACUGCUUGCCGCCGCCAAACGACGAUGUAUGGCGCAGCGCGGCUGCCCUUGUCCGGGCGCGCACUGCCGAUCUGAUGAGUCCGACGCGGAGAAAGAUCGAAUUGGAAGCGCGAUGCACAAGACGAACACCGAACGCCGAUCUCGCUGUAGAGGUCAGCGAAAACGCAGACAUUUUGAGAGCGGGGAGUUUCCCUGGAUUCGACGCAGAAGCGCGACACACGGAACAGAGCUGCCCGUCAGAGGAAAGCUCGCCGAUUCCUGAGAGCGCGAGUCCUCAGCACAUCAGCUGGCGGUGCAGAGGUUGAAUGCGUUCCCGGCCGCAGGGGGGUCCGAAAAUGUGACCGAGAGAUCCCUCGCGUUUUAGGACUGUGCCCAGAGUCAGUUGGACGAAUCGUUUCGUUCGGCAGUUCGAGAACAGUGUAGAAGAAAGAGAGCUCUUUCUCUGCCGCUUUAGCUUGCUACGUUGUCCCCGCUUCUCCGCGUCGUGUCGACUCUUGUCAGCCGCUGCCGGGAAGUAGCCGUGGAGGCACCGCGGUGAAUUCUUGUGUCCGGCAGGGGAGCUCUGCAGAGGUGCUCGUUCAUUCGGGCUCCGCGCUCGUCGAAGCAUCUUCUUUGUAAAGAAAGCGGCGCGAGUUUGUUGCUUGUUGACUGCCGUCGAAAGACAUCCGUUCUCUCGUCGCUGCAAUUCCGUUGUUCACCGGCAUACAAGGUGGACAGGAGGAAAGGUUUUCUCCGUAGUAAAUGGCGUGUGUUCGGUGAUCUGGCGCGCCAGAAGCCGGGGACUGUGGCAGAUCGCGGAAAAAAAGACACCCGACUGUCCUGUAGGAAGGGGCUUGCAUCUUACUGUUUGUGCCUCCUGCGCAGAACACUAGAAGCUGGUGGGAAAAACGGCUUUGUCGGGUGUGAAAAAAGCCACGAGUUGGAACGUCUGGGGUAUGCGGCCGAAGUGUUGAGAGAGUGUGUGUGUGGAGUGUAUUGGAGAAGGAGAGAAACCUGUUCCCCAAACGCUUUCAACAUCCAUUUGGAAAGCGCGUCGCUGUGUUAAGGUGCCGCUUCAGUGUCUGUGUCAAACACACGUCUCACUUUGGAAGCACGCCGUUCUCCCGGCUCUGGCGACUCCCUAGAAACUUACCGUUCGGUUUUCGGGCAUUUCUUCGAAACGCGAGUUUACCCGC